AUGAGCAAUAAUAUUAAAACUAUUCAGAAUUAUGUUAAUGUCUCCCCUAUGCAAUUAUUUAAUAGAAUUAUAUGCUUCAACAAAACUCCAGACGAAAUAAGGGACUGUUUCAGCUUUGAAUUAUCUCCGUAUCCGUUAUCUCUUUUUAAGGAUUGUAUUUUGAGGAAAGGCACAAAAAGCCUUCUUUUGAAAGAAUUUGAUGCUUUGGCUACACCCAUUUCGUCCACUGAGCAAAACGCAAUAUAUAUAGUAGUUGAUGGCGGUUUUCUCCUAAACAAAGUUUUAUGGCAAAAGCCCGCUACGUUCCACCAAAUUUGCUAUCAAUAUAUUAAUAAUGCUAAACAUGUUUAUGGUCAGGACUGUGUAGUGGUCUUCGAUGGUUACGAUUCAACAAAGGAUGCUCUGCAACAAGUCAGACCACAAAAUACCAUAGAAAUAUCGGUAAAAUUGGAAAAUUCAAUUGUUACGCCACAAGAAGAAUUUUUACGGAAUAUUAACAACUCAUAG